CUUAUAAAUAUAUAUCUUUUGUAACAGAAUGGAGCAGCUACAAAUUCUUGAGGAAACUAUGCAAUUUUGGUUAAGAAGGAUUUACAAUAACUACUCUUGGCGCUUUGAAGCAGAUAUUUGAAAUGACAACUCAAUGGUCAUUUUUAACUCUGUGUCAAAACUUGAGACAAAAGUUUCAAUUAAGGAUUAUUCAAAAGCAAAUCUAAUCGAUUGGCAUGUCAUGAGUAGAAAGAAGGAUAUUCCAAAACUUCAACUACUAAAUAAGAUGGUGAGGGAGAUAGCUCAUCUAGUGAUUUGUGAAUACCUGAUUAACAACUCUCAUCUCAUCAAGUUCAAUAUAUUUAGUCCAUUAAUGUCUAAAGUCACUCACCUAAUCCAUAUACUUGGCUUCAAAAUCUCAAGAAAGCAGUUUGAACGAAUUUUAAUAAUUACACACAAAAUCAGAGACCUAAAAUUUAACUUUUGAAAGAUCUCUACUGAAGGGCUUGAUCUCUCCAAGACAUCACCUGCCAUAGACUUCUGACUAAAAGAUCUACGGUUCUUCCAGUGAACCGAGUCUGAGAGGCCGAUUCUUCUGAAAAAGUUUGAACGGAUCUUCGCAUCGAUCUCUAGAUGUACCCUAAGGUCUUCUUUAGAAACAGUUUGAGUGUACCCUAUCAGGGGUCAUGAGAACACGGCCCAAGAGAUGGUGCAGACCUACAACCUUGGGCAUAUAAAUAUCCAGAUGUGGAGCCAAGCUUACUAAUUUAGGGACUGGAUGAAGUCUUGUGGGAGAUUAUCAGUGCAGAUGGAUUUUAUAAGAAGAAUAGUUGAAGGAGUGAGGUUUGAAUAUAGAGGGAUGGGAGUGCAGGGACAGAGUCAUGCAGUUACUGUAUUGGGGACUAGAAUUUAGAGGAUAAGGUAGAGCGGGAUCUGAGAAGUGAAUUUGUUAGAAAACUGCAUAAGAGCAAUGAGGAAAAAAUAAGCAUAACGCAAAAAAGAUCCUAACAAGACAUACCCAAAUAAUUCAUAAACACUCAUUCCUGCCCAAACCCCGCCUCUAACCCCACCAAAACCUCCAUUCCCAAACCCACUAUCACCCCCAUUCACCUCACCCCAACCCCCAAAACCCCUCUUCCUCCUCCCCU